AUGGAGGCCCUGCAGAGGCAGCAGGCAGCUCGGCUGGCCCAAGGGGUGGGGCCUUUGGCCCCUCCACGCCUACCGCUUCCACAGCCUCCCCUGCUUAGCGCCCGGACCCUACAGGCUGAGGGGGCUUUAGGGGUGGUUAGGGCUGACGAAGAGGAGGAUGCUGAAGAAGAUGAGGAGGGAGAGGCACCCUUAGCAGAAGAGGAGGCAGCGGAGGAGAGCCAUCCAGAAGCCCGGUGUCCCAACUCACCUUCCAACCAGCCCCCUGGACUCCAACCACAUGAGUGGACCUAUGAGGAACAGUUCAAGCAGCUGUAUGAACUCGAUGCGGACCCCAAGAGGAAGGAAUUUCUGGAUGACCUGUUUAGCUUCAUGCAGAAGAGAGGGACGCCAGUGAACCGGGUGCCCAUCAUGGCCAAACAGGUGUUGGACCUGUACGCGUUGUUUCGCCUAGUGACAGCCAAGGGUGGCCUGGUAGAAGUCAUCAACAGAAAAGUGUGGAGAGAGGUCACACGCGGCCUCAGUUUGCCAACCACCAUCACCUCUGCCGCCUUCACGCUACGCACCCAGUACAUGAAGUAUUUGUACCCAUAUGAGUGCGAGACACGGGCACUCAGUUCCCCAGGGGAGCUCCAGGCUGCCAUAGACAGCAAUCGCCGUGAGGGCCGUCGCCAGGCUUACACCGCGGUCCCGCUCUUCAGCUUAGCAGGACAGACACCUCGGGGAGCUCCUGGCCCCGCCUCGGGUCAUGGCCCCGCCCCGGCCGCGAUCCCGAGCUGCCCCGGUCCUGCCAAGGGUUCUGCUACAGGCUUGCCUGCCCACGCGUGCGCUAAACUGAGCCCGAGCCCUGUAAAGAAAGAAGAAACUGGGAUUCCACCCCCUCGUCCGGCACUACCUGUGGGCUUGGCCUUCGAGGCUGCACGGGAGAAGCUGGCCCCAGAAGAGCCUCCAGAGAAGAAGGCUGUGCUGAUGGGCUCCGUGGACCCACCUCGACUGGGGGCACCCCCCAGUUUUCUGCCUCGUGGCAAAGUUCCUCUAAGGGAAGAGCGAUUGGAUGGACCCCUCAAUCUGGCAGGCAGCGGCAUCAGCAGUAUCAACAUGGCGCUAGAGAUCAAUGGGGUGGUCUACACUGGUAUCCUCUUUGCUCGCCGCCAGCCUGUGCCAGCUUCCUUGGGGCCAACCAAUCCUGCACCUCCACCCUCCACAGGGCCCCCUUCCAGCACCUUGCCCUGAAAGCAGCUACUGAGAGCUAAGAGUCCCAGUAUCACUGCAAGGGAGAGAAGGUACUCUCCCACCUUGAUUCUUUCAGGCUAUGGUGCCCACUCUGGGAUCCAGUCCUGGGAGAUGACAGCAUGCCACCUCCACUCCAAAGGGAUGUCUUAUUAUUGUUCCAUCUACCUCAUUGUAAAAGGACGACACCACCCCCUAGCUGAUUGCAGCAGCAUCUACCAAAGAGUUCUUCCCCCAGUAAUCCCUCUCUCCUCAUGUGAGCCCUAUCCAUCUAUG